CGUACCUGCGACAGACGACCACCGGGAUUAAUGCUGUCCGCCUUGGUGUCCACUUGGCCCGCGUGUGCGCUACUUUGUCCCACUCCACGUUGAGCGGAGGGAAGGACGGGGGGGCGCAGGACUCGAACCCGUGCCGCGUAGGCUGCGAGAUGCAACAGAAUGACUGAAGACUGAAGUGUGUCUACAAUGUCUCUGCUGUGUGUCAGAGUGAAGAAGGCCAAACUCCAUGGACCUCCAGAAAAGUUCAACGCUUAUGUGACGUUGAAGGUGCAGAAUGUGAAGAGCACCACCAUCACAGUGCGAGGAAACCAGCCAUGUUGGGAGCAAGACUUCAUGUUUGAGAUCAGCCACCAGGAGUCGGGUCUGGUGGCGGAAGUGUGGAACAAAGGUUUGAUUUGGGACACUUUGAUCGGCACGGCCCUCGUACCGCUCCACGACAUCCCACAGUCUAAUGAGGAGGGUCCGGGCGAGUGGACUAGUUUGGACUCGGAGGUGCUGAUGAGGCAAGAUGAGAUCUGCGGCACCACCAAGCCCACCCAACACCAAGUGCUGCUGGACGCACGCUUUGAGCUGCCCUUUGACAUCCCGGAGGACGAAGCCCAGUACUGGACCCGAAAACUGGAGCGCAUCAACACCAUGCGCGUGCACGACGAGUAUCCCCUGCAGGAGGACGUCCAAAGGAGACGGAUACCUUCUGUGCCAUCACAGUGCUCUUUCGACGACCACGACAGCGCGAUGGACGACCGAGACAGCGACUACCGCAGCGAAAGCGCCAGCAGACCCCCACGCUUCCACAAUGCCACGCAGACCAACUCGUCGGUACACCAGUACCCGAUAGGAAGCAGGGUUCAGCACCAGCAGCUCUUGCGGGAGUCUGACUCGAUGCAAUGUAGUGAGAUGGACUAUCCAGACCCUCGGGGGUCCAGACCCAGGUGCUCGAGCAGUAGGCACGGCAUCAGAAUAAUCCCAGUGGACUCCGGGAUGGGUGUGGAGGACUGGGAGGGCGCAUACAAAGUGCCCGACUCAGUGGUCUUGGAUGAUUACUUGGAUGCCGAGCAGAAAAUGUGGGAGGACGAAGACAAAAGCAUCAUCUACCGCAUCGCCGACAGGCCGUACGAGUCCAGAGGCAGCAGGUUCUACCAGACGGUCGAAUGCGAUGCGCUUUCCCCGGAGGACCGCGAGGCGGCCAACAGCAGUCCACACCGACGGAGGCGUGGUUUUGGCACCGGCGAAGUCCGUCUGGUUUAUCGGGAAGCCGGUAGCUUUGAGGACGAAUCGUCCCCCCCUGAAAUCGACAUAAUUCCUUCAGUCAAACGUCUCCGACAACAGGUGGACAGAGAAGGUCUCCUCUACAAGACGAGACUGUGGGCCAAGACGGCAUUAGAGCAAAGCUACGCAGCGUUUCGUGAGGAAGAGGACGCUCGCGAGGCCGCCAGGGUGAGACUGAGGAGUGAAUUUGGAUCUGUGGGCUCGGACGAAAUGCAAUACUCGUUUGGAUCUGAUGAGGAACUGGACGACUUGAUGUUCUCCGAGGGGGAUGUUACUUACGAGUACGAGGAAUACCACUAUCCUGGACAGUCUUUAGGCAGAGGUAGAAGUGGACAAGAUCAUUUGUUGUCUCCUGUAGAGGAGCCCAGUGAGGACUACAUAGACCCCAUGGAUGAACUCAAAUGCUUAGUGGACUCUGUGUCUGAAUACUUGGCUGUAAAAGAGGAGGAGAUCAACAGCUAUGAGUCUAAACCUGUGAGGAGGAAGCUGCCAUCACUGCCGUCUGAUGGUAAAGCCAUGCAACUUGAAGACAGCACGAGUGAUGACGUCAAACCUGAGGACAAAGCAACUGAACGUGGAAUAUCUGAUGUUAAAAACGCCAUGACUUCAUUAUUCAGUUCCAUUACAGGAUCAAAGGAGACCUCAGCUAGCUCGGCGCCUCCCAAACCCACUGCGGCAGACUCCGGCAUCUUAAAACUUCUCUCCAUGAUCCCAAAAAGUAGCCCAGAAGCCACAGAGCCCUGCGCAACCACGCCAGCAGACACUUCUUCCUCCAAGACGAUACCCCAACCCGAGUCUGGAAUUUCCAAGUUGCUUUCCUUCAUUCCAAAAAGUGGCGGCGCAUCACCCCCAGUGGCCAUCGUUCCCCCUGCCUCUCUGGAGCCUUCAACGGAUAAGAAGUUUUCCUUGCAGUCUCUGAUGCCUUUUCAGUCAUCUGAACCCACCCCGCAAGCUGACGCUAAUCAGACGACGAGUAGCACAGAGGCUAGCGCUAACCCGACCACUUCUGGGUUAGAGUCUGUGUUUGGACGGCUCAGUCCUCUAAGAUUGUUUUCCAGUGCCCCCUCAUCAAGGGAGCCAUCCCCUCAACCAUCAGAACAAAGAAGUACAUCCGCUGCAAGCAAUGACUCCCAGCCGGGAUCUGCUUGUCCCAAUUGGGAACCUCUGUCAGAGGUGAGACCAGGGUCAGCAAGUGGGUCAGUUGAUUUGUUGCCGGACACAGGAAGCGGAUCGGUAGAGCUUCUUCCAGAGACAGAAUCAUCUGGUGAGCUACCUGAUGUUCAGCAAAGAACUCGGACCUUACCUGAACCAAAAAAUGAAAGCAGCUCAGAUGAUACCGGCCUGUUCAGUCCGUUUAGGAAGUCUCUCUCAAGUUUAAUAUCGACAAAUCCUCCUGAAACUGCAACACAGAGUGGACAUAAACCUGCAGAGGAGUCAUUUUUAGGCAGCAAACUCAAAAUCCCAUUUUUCUCUACGGAAGACGCUUCCACAGCGAACGAGGCAAAAUCAGAGGGAGGUGUCCUAUCGGGGCUUCUUAAGUUUGCAGCUGGGCAGGACACCAGCGCCCCAUCACCAUCUACAAGCCCCGCAAGAACCCCCUUACCAAGCCGUGCUGCGCUUCUUGAAAGUGCCCCAAAAGGAAACACAGAAACUGGUUGGUUUUCAAACCUGUUUAAGGUAGCCCAGAGUGAACUGGCUAAGGAACCGGUAGAAUCACAAACGACUCCUACUGUGACACUAACCCAACCUAGUGGCCUCACCGAGACACAUACUGAACAAAACCUCCCCAAGGGAUCAGAUGGUGCUGCUGGUGAGAUUGAAAUAUUGUCUAGUGAGCAAACAUUGUCGGUCAAAGAUCCUCAGUGUCAGACUGAUGCCCAGACAGCGGACCCUUCUAAACUUGAGGAACAAUCCAGAUCACAACCAGAGGCCUCUGAGCCUCAAGGGAUUCUGUCUGGGUUGUUGACACUAGGACCUUCGGAAGAGGCAUCCAAGAAAGCCCCAGGAGGGGACAGUCAGCCUCAACAGGGCGGGCUAUUUUCAGGCCUAUUUUCAGCACAAUCCCAGUCUCCGCCCCAAACACAAAACCCUGCAGCUCAACCUUCAGGAGGACUGCUUUCUGGAUUUUUAAAAUUUGCCUCUGACAUUUCGGCUCCUACAAAUCAGCCACCGUCCACUUCGCCAGGGAGCCAGUCUGGCCAUAUACCUGUUCAAGAACCACCUGCUGGUGCACAGCCCCCCAUUAGUGGACUUUUGUCUGGACUCUUAAAAAAGGCAACAGACUCUGUCACUGGUUCUCAGUCAGCUCCCCCCAGUCAAGAGGCCCACCAAACCCUAAAAAUGAAUGAAAAUAAACACAAUUUUAAUGACUCUGUGUCUCCCCAGUUAGGAGAACUCAAAUCCAGUUCAAUAGACGCUUCUCCCCUUGACAAGCUUGACCAGCAAGUAGAAGUAGCCUCAGAUCAACAUGGUCAAGCAAAGUUAAAUCCACCAAAAGCACCAGUUACAACGCCAAGAACCCAAGGACCUUCAGCUCCCCAAGCUGCACAGCCAACAAAUCAGCAGCCCGGUAACUUGUUGUCUGGGCUUUUUAACAAGAUUGUAGAACCUACCUUGGCUCCACCUCAGCCCCAAACGACACCCUCUCAACAAGGAGGCUUCCUUUCAGGCCUUUUUGGACUCGGGAACCAAGAGUCUGCUCCUGCAAGUUCACAAAACCAGCAACAAAGUGGCCCGCCGGGGCAACAACCACCUCAGCAACCAGGCAUUAGACCAAACUUGCACAGGCAAAAGCAAAUACCUCCACAGCAGCCUCAAAGCAGUCCUGGAGGGAUGCUGACUGGAUUCUUAAGCAAAAUGGCAGACCCCGGAACCCCACCGUCUACUACUCCUUCAGGGUGCCAACAGGAUCAGCAAAGACCAGGUCCCAAGGCAACCCAGCAAACACCUAAUCAACAAGGAGGUCUCCUGGCUGGACUCUUUUCUUCAGGUUCUCCUCCAGCACAGCAGCAGCAGGCACCUGUUGCCCCGUCCAACCAGCAGCAACACCAGCAAGGUAGCAGACAACCACUGCGUAGGCAAAGCCAGAUUCCCCAACAACUUGCUGCCUCUGCAACCGAGCCGCAACAAGGUGGACUGUUGUCAGGGCUGUUCAGUAAAUUAACGACGACAGAUAAUGCACCACAGCAACCCAGCCCACAGGAGGGGUCUCAACGGGGCAGUAAAUCAAACAUUGUUGCAUCUCAAAAUCAAAAUGCAGGUUCACAGUCUCAAGGCAGUCAACAAGGAGGGUUCCUUUCCGGGUUGUUUAGCCAAACACCACCUCAACAGCAGCAACCACCAGGAAAAGCGACAAGUCCUCAGCACACUGCGACAGAACAAGCGAGUCAAAGUGGAGGUUUGCUUUCUGGUAUUUUGAAACUUGCAGCUGGCGAGAAUGCACCACAGGAACUGCCCAAAAGUCAGAGAGUUCAACCAGAGCAAAGGCCCGCCCAGUCUGAAUCCGGCGGGAUCUUUUCUGGCCUGCUAAACAAAAUUUCAGCCAAUGUGGAGCAAGCUACCUCUCCUGCUGAACAGGCAAACAGUAAACCGACUCUGCAUCAGCAGCCAGCGCGCACAGGGCAAGGACGUCCACAGAUUCAGAGGACAAAACAAGUGGAGAUGCAGUCCUCACCUGAUGUGGCUACAGAGAAGGAUCCAAAAGAAACUCCUCAAAAGGGAUUCCUUUCAAGUCUUUUUAGCACCUCGGAGGACUCGAAGACGCAGAAGCCACCAAUACCUGACCUUGGAAAGGAGGAAACAAAAACAUGCAGCACAAAUAGCGCAUCUCCAGGUCUACUAUCAAGCAUCUUCAAACAAAGCGCGAGUGACAACAGCGUUUCUGCUUCUGAAAAGGAAACAGAAAGAGGCCUUCUUAAACGUUUCCUGUCAAAGACUAAAGAGGAUAUACCUUCAAGUACUACUACAGGUGUCAGUACCUCAGCAGACCUGCCGCAGCAAGCCUGCAAAGACCCUACAGUGUCCCCCACCCAACGUUAUCUUGAGGAAAUUGAGCGUCUCUUGUACGGGACAGCAGAUGAGUAUGGCUACAAAGACCUUUUGUACAACUUCACAGAGCACGGUGUGGUUCCACCCGAGCUCUACGAGCAUCAGUGUCUUAUCGAGGCUCUUCUGUGGCAGCAGCUCAACGACUAUGCCCUCGCUGAGGCUCUGGCGACUCAAGCUCAGAAACUCCACCGAGCCUCCCAAACGCAUUCUACUACUACGCUGAAACAAUGCCAACGUGAGAGUUACACAUGGCCAAGUCCUAAAGAAAUGGAUAUCAGUAACUUUAAUGUCCCAUCACACCCUUGGAAAGAUACGGCCGCCCAACUUUUUGAGAGCAGAAAUCGCUUCCUGGAACCAGACGAAGACGUGGUUUUGUUUGACAUGAGCUGCAGAGACACAAAAUCCUGGACCAGCUGUGACCACUUACAUGAAUUUGGCAGAAACAGACAACCUUGGAUUACCGAGGGUGGGGGUCUAAACCUGUCCACUGAUAAGGCAAAGGCCAGACUAAAUCGAUGUCAGUCUCUCACAGAAUUCAACAACGCAGCGCAGACGGCAGUGGCUUUAACAGAUGUGAAGGUUGAUGAUCUCAGUUUGAAGUCUGCCACUGAGUUUUUAAAACAGCUCACCACCAAAAAGGGUCCAGUUGAUCUAACACGUGGUGCUAUGGACCUAAGCAGAUCAGCAGGGGCUGCAGGAUUGGGCGAGGAUGAAAUGCUCUUUGAGGACUCUGAAUGGUAUCAACAGUGGAUUUCCCUGUUGGAGCAAGGCCUGUGGUGGCCAGCUGAAGCUGGGGACUGUGGAUAUUAUGUGUAUGCAAAUGAAGACUUUAUCUAUGCUCUCUUAACCGACAGGGCUGGUAGACACCUCUAUGCCUGUGCUGCUCCAGAAGAUGUCCAGACUCUAAGCAACAUAACUGAAAACAUUGCAAACAUUCUGACCCAAAAAGAAAAGGCGAUGGUGACCUUAUGUGGAUUUAAAAUCCCGCUCUGCCCAGAAGAAAUGGGCCUUUGGUCUCCAGAACUCCUGCAGACCAGCUCAGUGCUUUCAGAUGCACCAGUAGAUCUCACCUCUGCUCUACAAAAAGGUGAAAAAAUCAUGAACAUGAACUUGGAAAGCUUCUCUCAAAUGUUUCAGGAAUCUCUCUCUUCGCAAGCUGAUGCCCCCGUCGACUUUACUGUGUACAAGCUCAAGAAGAUCACAGUGGGAGCAGCAGAAAACCUUCAUAGCAGCCACGAGCCGCCAAUAAAAGCAGCUGAUCUUACUCUAAAGUCACUCAAAGGGGCACAUGGAGGUCCAUACUGGAAGAAUCAAGAGUUGAAAAAUGUGCCAACAUCCCCGACUCCACAUUUUUCAAGGUCCUCCAGACUAAUGUCUGCCAGUAAACAUCACCCUAUCCCUGAGAUUAGGAUUUCACAUGCAGCCAAUACACCUGUGGACAAAUCUCAAAGAACAAAUUCUGGAACUUCAAUUAAUGCAGGAAAUGUUCCAAAGUCUCCUGAUGCUGAUGGAAGUAAAUCUUGCCCACUUCUGCCCUCAACAGCCAGCAAGUCAAACAUUCCCAGAAACCUUCCUCAGACACCAUCAGCUUCAAAGCUAACAACACCCGCGCAACGAAAACUACCCACUUCACCAAAUAUCACGUCAGCUCCUUCAGCACAGACCACAAGUGCUCAGAGUUCAGUCGUUUCCCCUUCUGUAAACGCGUGGUCUGUUUCCUCUCCGAGACCUCGGCUUGCAAGGCAGCAGUCUCAGGUGGAUAAGCCCAGAGAAUUAUCACAAGCCAGUAAGCCUGAUGGGAUUUUCGACAUUAACAAACUGAGUGGCUGCUCAACAGGGAGUCAGUCCUCCCCUCCUCCAAUUCAGUCUCCAAUUCCAAAGUCUCCAUGCAAAGAACCACCACAGUUACAUAUCCUGAAUCCCAGCCCAAAUCCCGAAGCCAAGCUUUACAACAGGAAUCGUUAUGUUGGCCCAUCUCCUGGCCGUCAGAUGGGCCAAAAAGUAUUGGAUUUUUCCUCCACCAGCGAAAAGAACAAACAGUCAAGUCCAAAAGAUGUCCAAACAGAAUCUUCACAGCAAAAAUCUGAUGCUGUUGACUUUACAAAAUACAAGUUUAAAAAAAUUAAGGAGAAAAUGCAGAUGAAUACAAAGGCAAGUGUGGAUUUGACUGCCAAGAUCGCAGUAGAUCUUACUAAACAGGCCGAGGAGCAGAUGGAUGAGUGGUAUGUUUCAGAAUGUCCUACUAUGAAUAUUUCUGCAGCCCCUCAGACCGCAUAUGCACCUGCUGAUAGCAAACCAAGACUAUCCAAUCCACAGAUUGAAACUGGUCGUCACACCUCAAUGCAGAUCCAAAGACCAGUGGAUGCACAUAACGUAAUGUCUUCAACCAAUGGUCACAUUGCCAGCAAAGACACAAAUCGUGACGAAUGUUUCACCUUGGGGACUAAAUCUGGAUCAGUACAAUCUCUACCUUCCUCUCCCCAAAUGAGCCCAGUUACAAAGCAAAUCAAGGUUGAAGAACAACUAAACUAUGCUUUUAACAUUCUAAGGCAACCACAUGGAACCAUCGUAACACAAGAGACUCCCGUUGAUCGUAGAAGAGCAAUGUUUAUAUCUACGUCCUGUAAGUCUAGUGACAGCGCGCCAGCAAACUCGGUAAAAGACGUGCUCGAUAUGUCUGCUAUGACGACAAGCCCGGCAAAGCAACAAGCUGUGCUUCCACCAAAAGAUCCAGAUCCAGCCUGUGAAGCGCUAUCUUUGAUUAAGAGAAAGCCACUCAGCCCUGAGAGGACACACAAGAGUCCUAGUCAUCAAGAUUCUGUUGAUCUGUCAUAUCGAGAUGUACCAGAGGUCAUUCAUCCCCUUCCUUAUCAGGUUUACCAUUCCCAUAAUAUUAAAGAUAACAUCGAACGUUCAGUUCGGAGAGAGGAAGUUUUAACAAGCAUCCACUGUGUGAUGUCACCUCAUCAGUCUCACUUAAGUAAACCUACUGAGCACAAAACCACAGCACCAGCCAAUGCAGUCAAGGCUACCCUUGACAUGUCUUCAAAAUCAGGCAGUUUAACAGAAGUAAUUUCUGAAGCGAGAAGAGAUGACAUUCUGACCAAUGGUAUACCCUUGACACGAGGAAAGCCCACUCCCCGUGAGCUUGCACGGAAAAACUCUGUUGGCGUUCCACUCAUCAAAGAGCUUCCUUCGCAAGAAUCUCAUGAUGAUUGGUUUGAAUAUCAAGAACAGUCUCUGCAGACGACAGCUGCUGUCCCUCCGCUGUUAAAUCAUCUCCACUCACUGCCGCCGUCUACCGUUCUAACAUGUCAAACGUCCGUUUCGGUAAAUCUUGAAAGAGGUGCUCCACUGGACAUGUCUCCCAAGCCAUCCCAGACCACGCCUGGAACAAAAGCGUCUGAUUCCAGUCUUCAUGAAGCAGUUUCGCUGCUCAACAAGCCAAGUGCAAGAGCCGUUGCCAGAAAGGAUUCUGUAGGUCUUCCACUUGUAGUUGAAUUACCAUGUCAAGAACACAGCUGCCCUAAGGUACCGCAACAAGUUUUUAAAGUAGAUCCAGUUCAAGAAGGAAGUGUAGCCCUGGGUGGAAUCAACAAAACAGGAACACUGCAAAGGCAGAUAACCACCUGCCAUCGUAACGAGGUCCUUUCCUCCUCCAAGACCAAGUGCAAGUCCGUGCAAGGGCAAAUUAAGCCAGUGGACUUCUCUGCCAAAGACAGCAUGACACCAUCAAGGGUUUCUCACAUUUACAUUGAACCAGAAGAUGGACGGCCCAUAAAUUUCACUAACAUGUGUGCCAGGAAAGAAACAAAAGAGCAAAUUGGGAGGCAACUCAAAAAGAAGACUUUGGAAGGUUUAGUCGACCUGACAGUGGAUCCUCUGAGUAAGACCACAGAAGAGCAAAAUCAGAGUGUCGACGAUCUUUCCUCACCUGCUAUGGCUGCUCUGCAUCAAAGUCACCAGCAUCAGGACAAAAGAACUGUUCACACCUCAACAGGUGCCCCACAAGGCAGUGAGAUCUUUAAGACGCCAACAUCAUCAGACUACGAUCAGACCAUCAAUCAAUCUGGAAUAAAUGACCAAGGAUACCCAGGAACAGAACUUCAAUUCGUGCAAAGGUCAGGUAUUCAUUUCAUGACGUUGCAACCUUCUCUGAAUGUUGUUCCACAAUCUACGUUGGGAAGCUCUUCCAUUGUUUUCGGCAACAACGGCACAUGUCACCCAGUCAGUACGGGGCAUUUUGAGGCCAGGAGAAAUGAUCACAUUCCUCCAAACACAAGUCGGUAUGCCAUGGAAGUCUGCAGGACACCCAAGGAUUCAGUCUCAUCUCAGCCUACAAUGUGGCAAAGACACGAUGCAAGUCUUGUGUAUGACCUGACCUCUAGACCCAAAAUUCUCAUCAAGCAGCCAACCAUGGAAAGCUUUGAGGAAGGCCCCUCACAAAAUGUAGCAGAAAGUCGUCAACAGCCAUCCCCUACUCCACAGCGACGUACUCCAGAAGCUGUCAGUUGCUCUCAAUCUUGGAACAGUCAGUCGUCACCCAGGCAUGGUGUUAUUCAAGCAUCUGUAAACGAAAAAACAGAUCCUUCCCUAAACUCUGUGAAUGCUCAACCUUCACAGGUAAAUGUUGCUAACAAUGCAAGAGUACUCUCUCAAAUAUCAACACAGCCUGACCCAAAACAUUACCCCUUCAUGGCACCACGUCAGGCUCUUGUCUCGCAAACCAUAGCAAGACAUGACCCAGUUCCAUUAAAGCCGACUGGCAAACAAGGUUUUCGAGCUGCAUUGCAAAGACAGGAAGUGAUCACGUCAUCCCAAACAGGAUCCACUUCGGUCAAAGGACUGGUUUCACUAUAUCCAGGUUCACAGCCCCCUGUUUGUGGAAAGCCGGCUGCAGUCAUGCCCCACUCCACUCCAACUGGGUCUACACCUGUGGACCAGAAGUCUCAUGUCACUCCAGCGGAGAUUCUUCCUGCAGUUCCUCCUGACAUGACAGCGCAAACAGGAGUUGGACUUGGAGAGCAACUAUCUACAUCCUUGCCAUCUCAAUUGUCUAAAGGCCAAUCUUCAACGCCACAGACUGAAUUUGCUCCUCUACCAUCACUAAUUUCUGAAUCCCAACACAAAACAAACAUUUUAACAUCUAGCGGCUCAAGCAAUCAAGAAUCCAUGACAAUGCCGUCUUCUGAUGAAGCAAAAAUGUCCAGGGAUCAGCUAUCCCAUGAAACUCACCAAUCAAGCCAAGCAAGUGUGAUAUCAGGCAAUGAAUCUUCACUAUUUAAACCAGGGAGUACCGCACCUCCUAAAGUUGUUCUCAGUGAAGGAACUUCGGUGGAGCCUUCAGUUAAAAGGUUGGAAGAAUCAUCAGGAUGUUUACAACAACAACCAUCUGCUAUGCGAGAUUGUGCGGAUCAGUGGAACACGCCAUGGCAGCAUAACAAAUCAGUUGAAUCCCGCAAAUUAAAAACUGGAUCUGUGGAGGUCUCUAACGUACCACAGGAGAAAACGACGACCCACCCCAGGUCAAUCUACAUUGGUAUUAACAACCAAGACAUGUCACCUGUUGAUACAGAAAGUGGGUCAAGACCAUAUGUCAGACUACCUCAUAUAUUUGUCUCGGCUGCAAGUUCACCAGAAGAUGAGACCACCGAAGAGGAAUCUAAGCCUGAAAUUCCAGACAUCUGCAGUGGUGAAGGUCUCACUCCAACAGAGCGUAAAGAUUCUGUACCUGUUGACGAGGGUACAGGUGCCAUGGGCCCACAGACGACAUCCUGCUUAGCUGAGAGUUCACUACAGACUGCAAUAGAAGACAUGAAUGCAGAUAAGCAGAGUCAACACAACCUAACCAAGGAACGUUCCAUCACAGAAACCUCAGUGUCAGAGCCUGAUCUAAAAGCAUCAGUUGAAAGAGUAACGUCUCCAGACUUUUCACAAGUUGUAGAAGAAGCCAAGCCACCUUGUAACCUGACGUGUGAGACUGAAAUCACAGCUUCAGCUGGAGAACCUGAAAAAGAGCUAGCGCCUGAGGAGCAAAGGACAAUUUCAGAUUUAAUAUCCCCUGAAAAUACAGACUCUCCCGAUAAAGUCUUAUCGAGAGAGUCACUCACAGAUAUAAAAUCAUCUGAAGAAGUUCAACAACUUGUGGACAAAAGAAAACAUGAAACUCCUUUACCUGCUUCUGAAGUCAGUCCAUUCAAAUCUGCUGAAGAAGCAACGACUUCCAAGGAAGAAGGUCCAGCUGUCAAGCUUGAUCAGCCUCAAGCUGAACAGCCUAAUGAACAACACGGAAAGAGUUUGUUUUCAGUGUUUAGCAGUGCUAAUGUAAGUCCAGAGCAGACCUCACCUCCGUCUGGUCUAUCAUUACUUGGCGGUAUCAUCCCUGGCUCAUCUACGAAAGAUACUUCUGGCACUGGCUUACUCUCAAUGUUUGGCGGAUCAAAUGCACCAUCUUCUCCCGGAAACAAGAGCCCAUCAACUUCAGCAACCCCCCAAGAGACACAAGUAAAAAGUUUACUCUCAAUGUUUGGCGGGCCAAGUGCCCCAUCUACCACUGCAACCAAAAGCCCAUCGCCUUUGUCAACUCAGCAGGAGCCACAAGGUAAAGUUUUACUCUCAAUGUUUGGUGGAACAAACACCUCAGCUUCCCCUGCAACCAAAAGUCCUGCACCCUCAUCAACCCCAGAAGAACCUCAAGGAAAAGGUUUAUUCUCCAUGUUUGGAUCCAGUAGUACUCCACCUACUACAAAUGUGCCACCUAGAGGCCCUCCAUCCAAAGAACCUCCAGGAAAAAAAUUGUUUUCCAUGUUUGGUGGACCUGCCCCUCAGCAGCAAACCAGUCCAAGAGGUCCUCCUCAGGCCAGUGCUGGAUCUUCUUUAUUUGGCGGAAUCCUCCAAGGUUCUUCUUCACAUAAAGACAGCCCAGGUACAGGCCUGUUCUCCAAGCUUGGAGGUCCCAGUGCCCCAGCUGGACCAAGAAUGCCUGCUCCAGGACAAACAAUACCACCAGGACACAGAGCUUCUGAAUCCCCAAGAAAAGGACUGUUCUCUAUGUUUGGUGGACAAAAUCAGCAAGCAUCAGCAGCUCAUCCUACAGUUUUGAAAACACCUGAGUCAGACGGUAGCUUUAAAGUCUCUUCUGUUUUCUCACUCGGAGGGAGUUCUGACGGCAGCAAAUCCAAAACUGGGUUUGGCCUGUUUGGAAGGUCUUUCAUGGAGGAGACCAAAACAGAGCCUGAAUCAGUUGUUACUAGAAAGGAGGAUAGCACAGCUGAACCUCCAGAAACUAAAGGUAAUUCAGAAGAGGCCACAGAUGAGGUAGCCACCAAACGAACCGAUUCUCCGUUAGAAGAGGAUGCAAACAAUAAAAUCCUUCAAUGUUCUGAACGCAUCUCUGAUGUAGAUAGUUUGUCUACUUUGGAUACACCAAAGAUGAUCAGUCUACCAGAGAGUGACACCGUACCAGACAAAGAAGAUAAGGUAGUGACUAUGGAUACACAGUCAUUUCACCAAACCAGCAUAGAGGUGAAAGAUUCUGGUGACAUCAACAAAGAAGUCACUGAAAUUAAUAGCAUUACUGAUGAAUCUGACACUGCUGUAACCAAAAGCCCUUCUGUAUCAGAAGUGAAAGACUGUGUACAAACCCCAGAAAGCGUUGUGGAUUGCAGUAACAUAGAUGCUAGACCAGAUACGGUUGAAAUGGAACACAUGUUAUCUGACAUUGAAGGCGGAACCGUUUCUGAUGUCCAAAACCAAAAUGUAGACCCACUGAAAGUUGUCGUUGACGAGCAGGAGUCAAUCCUGAAUGUGGAGAAGUCAACUCAGGUCCAUAAUGGCGUUCUUGGUGAAGAAGAAACUCAGGUGGAGCAAUCAAAUGAACACUUGAAAGUUACCGGUGAAGAGCAAACGGUGGAUGUGGAAAAAUCAAGCAGAGAGCAAUCAGAAGUAUCUGGUGAUAAACAAGAAGGUGUCACUCCUGAGGAAGCAACUGGAGCAGAAGUAGAAAAGGUAGUUACUCGGCAACCUGCUGCAGAAUCAUUGGAAGGAGAUCCAGAAGUGACUGUAGUUUCAGAUGUAGAAACAUCUGAGGACUUAAAAGCCACAACUGCUGAGACCGCAAAGGAAGCAAUGAAAGCAAACGUGGCGCUUGGAGAAUCAUGUAAGGACCUUCCACAUGGACUGGAUCAGUCCUCAGAUGGGAAUACUUCUGCUCCACUGGCAACAGAUGAGGAAAAGCAUGCUAGAACAAGCCCACCAGCAGUUGUGACAUCUGAAGACAUGAAGGCUCAAUCAUUGGGUCCUGAAAUGCCUCUGCCACAGCAAACACACAGACCUGCUAUAGGCAGACCACCUGUACCACCAGGAGAACGAAUGGGAUCACCAGGAAUGGGAGGACCGUGGAUGGGAGGACCAAGAAUGCCUGGGCCCAGACAGCCACGACCUCAGAAGCCCACUGAGCCAGCUCCUUUUUCAGGCUUCAUGUCCAUGUUCUCUAACACCUCCAGUGCACCAAGUAAACCAGCAACCGUUGGUGGUUUUUUCUCAAGCUCACCUGGUUCACUGUUUGGGUCGUCUGCUCCUCGUCAACCACAAAAACCACAACAACAACAGAAAAGCUCAUUUUUUGGUCUUCCGAGUAGCAUUGCUACCGAAUCCCUCACAGGAGACAUUUUAGGUAUAUUCAAGGCUCCAGAGACAAUAAAACCAGAGGAACCUCAGCCUUCCGUCAUCAAGCCUGAACAAGGACGUUGUUCCGUCUCUGAGAACACUGAUGGACAUGUGAAAAACGCAGAGGACUCAAUCCCUGAAAAAGGUUCAGUGGAGGUUGCAGAACACACUGAUAAAGAAGAUGGCAAAGAAGGUUCUACCAUUCAACCAGACAUGGAGACAGUUUUACCUGAGAAAAAUGUUGCUCAUGAUGAAUACAGGGAAUAUUGCGAAAAGUCCAGUGGGUCUGACACGGCAGCAUCACUUCCACCUCCUCCGGAAAGCCAAGACCCUGUCCCUCAAAGCAAAGGCACGUUUGACAUACCAGGACUAUCUGCCCCCAAAUUUGGCUUUUUGUCUGUGUCUGCUGAAGGACCAUCAUCAAUUGGAUCGCUUUUCUCGUCCUCUCCAUCUCCAGCAGUGGCUGCAAAAGCUGCUCAGCCACCACAGACAGAGGGAGGUCUCUUCUCUGGCUUUAAAAGUCUUUCUGCAGGCAUCUUUCAGGAUGAAAAGCAGUCAGCAAAGAAAGAACCGUCUUCCACUUCAUCAGUUUUUGGCAUGAAACUUGGCUCAAUGUUUGGGACCUCUGAUCCUUCCAAACCUGCAGUGGUGACAUCCCAACCACAGCCUCAGGGCCCAAAACCCACGGACGAGUUUCCUAGCGUACAGUUUGACAAACUCUCCCAAGGCUCUGGGGACACUGAGAGCGCAGAUGCCAGUGAGACUGAAGGACCCAGCGGGACGUCAAAGACUGGAAGUUGUGACAGCUUAACGGAGUCGGCGUCGCUGGCAGAACAUUUGGAUAAACCUCAGAUCCAGAUCAUCACCUGUGAGAAAGAUGAAGGUGAAGCUGGAGCGCCUGGCGGAAUAACGACACAGCCGGGCACCGAGCCUCCAAACAGCCUCUUGACACAGGAAGAUGCGCAAAGUCCGGCACACAGCAGCCGCUUUGACUCAUCGGGCAACCUCAGCCCCAGCAGCUCCCAGCUCAGCUCCGAGCCCGAGGAGCGGCGGGACGCCGAGACGGGUCCUCCUGGGGGGCGCCGCCCGCCUCUCCACAGCCAGCCAUCCACCUGGGACGAGGCGGGCGAGGAAGCGGAAGAGAAUCCCCCACCAGAACCCUCCUCAGGUUGGAGGGACUCGGCCGUCCUCCCACCCAAACGGAUCUCAGGCGGUGAAGACUUUUGCUUGUUCGGAGACGGUCCUCCUCCUUGUUCUCCCUCCAAAGUUCGCUGGCUCAAAGCGUACAACAAAGUCCGAGCCAAGCUCCUCCAGGGCCAAGACCAGCAUGGUGACCCAAGCAAGCAGCUGUGGUCCAAACCAGGAGGAAACACACCGUUUGGCAUCGACAGCAUGCCCAACCUCCGCAAGAGGCGGCCCAUUCCCCUCGUUAGUGAACUGCCUUUUCUUUUCUUCCUCCUCCUCGUCGUCGUCCUCCUCCUCUCCUGCUCUCAGGCGAUGACUAUGAUCCAGUCCAGGAAGGCCGGCCUGUCCCACACGUUGGCCACACGGACGUCCCUGAAGGACGAGGAGCUCAAGUGCCACGUGUACAAGAAGACGCUGCAGGCGCUCAUCUACCCCAUCUCCUGCACCACGCCUCACCAUUUCGAGGUGUGGACGGCCACCACGCCCACCUACUGCUACGAGUGUGAGGGUUUGCUGUGGGGCAUCGCCCGGCAAGGCAUGCGCUGUGCCGAGUGUGGCGUCAAGGUUCACGAGAAGUGCCAGGAUCUGCUCAAUGCCGAUUGCCUGCAGAGAGCGGCGGAAAAGAGCUCCAAGACGGGAGCGGAGGACCGCACGCAGCACAUCAUCACGGCCAUGAAGGACAGGAUGAAGAUACGCGAGAAGAACAAGCCGGAGAUCUUUGAGGAGAUCCGCCGGAUCUUCAACGUCACCAGGACGCUUCACGGCCAGCACAUGAAGAACAUCAAGCAGAACGUCUUGGACGGAACCUCCAAGUGGUCGGCCCGGAUCACCAUCACCGUCGUGAGUGCGCAGGGUCUCCAGGCCAAGGACAGGACGGGUUCCAGUGACCCGUACGUCACCAUCCAAGUGGGCAAGACCAAGAAGCGGACAAAGACUAUCUACGGGAACCUGAACCCGGUCUGGGAGGAGAAGUUCAGCUUCGAGUGCCACAACUCGUCGGACCGCGUCAAGCUGCGCGUGUGGGAUGAGGACGACGACAUCAAGUCGCGGGUGAAGCAGCGCUUGAAGAGGGAGUCGGACGACUUCCUGGGCCAGAGCAUCAUCGAGGUCCGAACCCUCAGCGGGGAGAUGGACGUCUGGUACAACCUGGAGAAGAGAACCGACAAGUCGGCAGUUUCGGGCGCCAUUCGCCUUCAAAUCAGCGUGGAGAUCGAAGGAGAGGAAAAAGUGGCGCCGUACCACGUGCAGUACACGUGCCUUCACGAGAACGUCUUCCACUACAUGACGGACGUGGAGGGGGACGGCGUGGUGAAGAUCCCCUCGGCGCAGGGCGACGACGCCUGGAAGGUUUACUUUGACGAGGUGCAGCAGGACCUGGUGGAUGAGUUCGCCAUGCGUUACGGCGUCGAGUCCAUCUACCAGGCCAUGACACACUUCUCCUGCCUGUCCUCCAAGUACAUGUUGUCAGGCGUGCCGGCGGUGAUGAGCACGUUGUUGGCCAACAUCAACGCCUUCUACGCGCACCCCACCGCCACCACCAACGUCUCCGCCCCGGCCAGGUUUGCCGCGUCCAACUUCGGGAGAGAUCGCUUUGUCAAACUUCUGGAUCAGCUGCACAAUUCCCUUCGCAUCGACCUCUCCACGUACAGGAACAACUUUCCCGCCAGCAGCAAGCCCCGCCUGAGUGACCUCAAGUCCACAGUGGACCUCCUGACCAGCAUCACCUUCUUCAGGAUGAAGGUGUUGGAACUGCAGAGCCCCCCCCGGGCGUCCACGGUGGUGCGAGACUGCGUGAAGGCCUGCCUCAACUCCACCUACGAGUACAUCUUCAACAACUGCCUGGAGCUCUUCAACAGGCAGUUCCAGCCUGCCGUGCAAGCCGUCAGUCAACACCCCGUGACACCUCGGGACCCGACUGCCAUCUUGGUCCAGUCAUUCUCCUUCUGCUGCUUCUUCUUGCAGGCUGAGCCCAAGAAGAAAAAGAAGAGGAAGGAAAAGGGAGAAGGGGAGGAAGAGGAGGAUGAGAUGGAGGAAGAAGGAGAACUGGAGGAGGAAGACGACAGGGCGAAGGAGGAGAGCCCGCCAGAGGAGCAAGGCCCCAGCAUCCACAACCUGGACUUCUGGCCAAAACUCAUCACGCUCAUCGUGUCCAUCGUGGAGGAGGACAAGAACUCGUACACGGCCGUCAUCAACCAGUUUCCUCAGGAACUCAACGUGGGGAAGGUCAGCGCCGAGGUCAUGUGGACGCUCUUCGCCCAGGACGUCAAGUACGCCCUGGAGGAGCACGAGAAGCACAAGCUGUGCAAGGCGGCCGACUACAUGAACCUUCACUUCAAGGUCAAGUGGCUCUACAACGAGUACGUGGCCGAGCUUCCCGCCUUCACCGGCGGCGUUCCCGAGUACCCGGCGUGGUUCCUGCCGUUUGUGCUGGCGUGGUUGGAGGAGAACCAGGAGGUCUCCAUGGAGUUCAUGCACGGAGCGCUGGACAGAGACAAGAGAGAAGGAUUCCAGUCGACGUCGGAGCACGCGCUCUUCUCCAGCUCGGUGGUGGACAUCUUCACGCAGCUCAACCAGAGCUUUGAGAUCAUCCGCAAGCUGGACUGCCCCGACGCCGCCGUGGUGGCCCAGUACCACCGGCGCUUUGCCAAGACCAUCACCAAAGUCCUGCUGCAGUACUGCGCCCUGCUGGCCAAGAGUUUCCCUUCCUACUGCGAGAAGGAGAAGAUGCCGUGCGUGCUGAUGAACAACAUCCAGCAGAUGAGGGUCCUGCUGGAGAGGAUGUUUGAGUCCAUGGGAGCAAAGCAGAUGGACACGGAGGCCGCUGACAUCCUGAACGAGCUGCAGGUGAAGCUGAACGGCGUCAUGGACAACUUCAGUGGUGUCUUCGCCAAGAGCUUCCAGACGCGCAUCAGCGGCUGCAUGCGUCACAUGGCUGACAUCCUCUACCAGAUGAAAGGACCCCCCGACCCCAACACGGCCGAGGCAGACGCAGACGUCAUGCUGAGACCCCUCAUGGAGUUCCUGGACGGGACCCUGAGCGUGUUUGCCGACGUGUGUGAGAAGACGGUGCUGAAGAGGAUCCUGAAGGACUUGUGGAAGGUCGUCCUGAGCAGCCUGGAGAAGAGCAUCGUGUUGCCGCGCAGCAACGACAGCCUGGGCGCUCAGCUCCUCACUGCCGCCAAAGGGCUGUCCAGCUUGAAGGGUGGAGGCGAGGCCAAAACGCUGACGCCCAAACAGUGUGUCGUCGUCGACGCCAGCCUGGAGACCAUCAAGCAAUAUUUCCACGCGGGAGGAAACGGGCUGAAGAAAGCCUUCGUGGAGAAAAGCCCCGAGCUGGCGUCGCUGCGCUACGCGCUCUCGCUUUACUCGCAGAGCACCGACGCCCUCAUCAGGACCUUCGUCACCACGCAGCGCUCGCAAGUGCACGGCGGCAUGGGCGUCAGGAUCACAGCCAAUGAGAGGACUCCGCCGGACAGAGGUUGCGGGGUGGACAAGCCAAUAGGAGAAGUGGUGCUGCAGAUCGACGUGAUGCUCGCCAAGGAGCGGAAGGUCAACGUGAGAGUCAUCGCCGUCAACGACAUGAAGUGGCAGACGUCGGGAAUGUUCCGGCCGUUCGUGGAGGUUUCCAUGGUGGGACCCUUCCUGGCGGACAAGAAGCGCAAGUUCACCACCAAGUCCAAAAACAACAGCUGGAGCGCCAAGUUCAACGAGACCUUCCACUUCGUCCUGGGCAAGGAGUCUCCCGACUGCUACGAGCUGCAGGCGGCGGUGAAGGACUACUGCUUCGGGCGGGCGGACCGCGUAGUGGGCGUGGCCGUGCUGCAGCUGCGCGAUGUGGCCGACCGCAAGAGCUGCGUGUGCUGGUGUCCCCUGGGGCCGCGCGUGGACACGGACGAGACGGGCACCACCGUCAUGCGCAUCCUGUCCCAGCGGCCCGCCGACGAGGUCGCCAAGGAGUUCGUCAAGACCAAGUCUGAAACCAGGCCCGCCGAGGAGGGAAGAUGAGCCAAACGUCGGGAUGGGAUCAAAGUCCUUCCAUGUGAGGACGCCUGGAGACACGUCCAUUAUGACGUGUAAAAAUGCCUUGGGGGGGUCUCUGCUCCCUUAUUUUAACCAACCUCCUAACCAGCAGGGGGCAGCAUUACCAGACAGUAAUAUCAUCACAUGAUCCAGUUGUCCAAGCCGUAACGCGACCUUGUUAGGCCCGAAAGCGCAAUCCUUUAUUCUUCUCCGGAUUUCCAGGUCCUUCACAUGCAUGACACCUUCAACCUUGAAUGAGUCGCUAAGCAACACCCACCCCCCCACACUGGAACCAGCCUCACAAGGGCAGACUCCUGCGUCACGACGACGAUCCACAAGUCAUUUCCUUCAUGAACACACGCGGCCGCUCACGUCCCGCCUCCCGUACGGCCAUUUUCUAUUAAUGAUUGGACGGCACUUUUAGCAUCGCUGCAUCUUCUCCAUGACGGCCUUUAAACCAACAAGGACGCCCGCAACGAGGACACGGACCCGCGUUUCUACCAACCUUCUUCACUUUGUGUCCUUCAGAGGGGUGCUUGAUGCGCGUCCACGCCGUCUACACUACGCCUCUCAAGCACGGGCGUCCCAAGGGGGGCCAUUUGUGGUUCACAGCACAUAUCAUUUAGGGAAAAAAUGGAAAAAUCGGUCAUUUUACAAGUACAAAGUCAAAAAUAUUAACAGGAAAAUUAGGAGCGUGAAGUUGACACAUAUGUUUUUUAAUGAUGUUUUCUUUAAAAAAAAAUCGUAAUUUUAUGAGAAACAAAUUAAUUUUUGGAAAAUGAGGUUGGGGGGGAAAAAGUUGUAAUAUUAUGGGAAUAAAGUCAUAAAAUUAAGAAGAAAAUUUACAAGAAGAAAGUUGAAAUAGUUGGAAAAUAAAAUGUACAAACUGCUGUAAUUUCAUGAGAAGGCAAAAGAGAAAAAAGUAGCAUUCUAACAAGAAUAAAGCGGUAAUAUUAGGAGGAAACAUGAGGACAUGUUAGCAGCAUAGACUUGGAAUAUUCAAGAACAAAAUGUAUAUUUUAAAAGUCAACCCACUACCACCAUUUCUACUACGUUCCACUCUUCUGCUAGCAUACUCUGUGUGUAUGCUAGCGGCCCCGCCUCCACCCAUCGACACAAAGAGCCUGUUUGACUGACAAAAGGGCUCACUCUGUUCAUGCUGUUCUAUGGAACAAACGCGUCAAGGUGCUGAAAGUGAUGCACAGAGUGAACCCGCUUCCCGCCUGUUUGGACACACAUGCACACUAUUGGGUUUGAUUUCAGUUAUUGUGUGAUGAAUUAGUUUAUUAGCGUCCCGAGCCGCGUCAGGUUUCCAUCUCACGAGAUCUUGUGCCACCCCCGAGAACAAGCUUGGACACCCCUGCUUUAGAGCAAGCGCAGCGCUCCCAUUGGAUGCCGCAGCGUGCUCGUCGGCAGCCGUCCCAUGACCUGCUUUCUGCCUUUUUUAUUUCUAUUUUUUGGUUCAACUGUGGCGACUGUUUACUUGUUCAGGAGGGAAGCUGCCAAAAUGCUGAGAAACGACAAGAAAAACAGGUGUCAUUUAACAGUCUUUGUGUUAAAAAGCAAGUCAGUGCUGAAAAGGAACCCACGGUAGUUUAGUUAGUUGGUUGGUUGGAUGUAUUAUUCAUCUUGUGAGUUUACAAUGUGCCAAGACACGCAAGAGUCGCUUAUUGCCAAAACGUUCAACUGAAAGCAUCUUCUUGGUGAGAACUGCAGACAGAAAUGCAGACUCUGUAGAAAGUGUAACUUUGUACAAACAACAUCAAAAAGUCCAAUGAUAAGCCUAAAAGCAGAGCAUGUAACUAAAAGUGUACAAAAGUGGAAAUGUAUGCUUUCAUGUAUGUCACGUGACUAAUGUCUGUAAAGUACGUAUCAUUCAUCUUGAAUAUAAGUGUGGAACAAUAUUUUGUACAUAAAAUAUUUAUGAAGGAAGGCAGUGUGGGUGGUCUUGUAUUCUUUUAGUAAAGUUAUCAUUUUUACUUGAGUAUUUAUAUAUUUUAUUAUAUUAGAAUCUAAUCAUUUGAUAUAAAGCCGGGUACUUUGUAUUUUUGAGGGUAAAAACAUAGUUUAUGUCCAGGAAAAGCAUGUAAUUUGUGUAUGAUACGUAACAUUUGACAUGAUUUAAAUUAUUUUUUUAAGUAGCUUGUGUUGAAGACGAAACCGGAAGUACAUGCUGGAGCAUU